AUGACAUUCAGACAACCAUUUGUAAUAUCAGCAGAGAUUAAUUAUAAUAAAUCUUUAUCUAAAACAAACUUCUGCAAAGUAUGUGGUGAUGAAGCACGGAUUAAUAAUUAUGGUGCCUUCUCUUGCCAUUCAUGUAAAACAUUUUUUCGUCGCAAUGGUUUUCGUCCUGAAAUUGUUCGUCCAUGUCAAAACAAUGGACAAUGUCAAGUGAAUAAAGUAACACGAAAAUUGUGUACUGCAUGUCGUCUUUGCAAAUUUUUUGCAGUUGGUAUGCACUCGGAUUUAAUUCGUAAACCAGAUCAUCGUAUUAGAAAGAAUUCGUCUUCAAUUAAAUAUGAGACGACUGAAUUUUCAGAUCAUGCAGCGAUAAGAUCUGUAUCGCAAUUACCAACAUUGGAUCUUCUCAAUCACGAUCGAUCUUCACUCACUACAUCUCAAUGGACAUUGUUCUCAAAUGUUCUGCAUGCUCAUGACAGAUUUAGUUUGAUGUCGACAUUACAUCAUAUACUGAACAGAUUAUCUUCGUCGUAUCAUGGAGCCCGUUUUAACGAAGCAAAUGCUGUUGAAACGAUCGGCGCUAUGUACAUAUCUAUGGAAUCAUUCAUUAGUUGUACACCUGAUUUUCAAGUGCUCAGUGUAAAUGAACAACAAUCUCUUCUCAAACGAAAUUUGCAUUGCAUCGGUAGUUCUUGUAGUAAUUUUCUCUUUCGCGACGCUCAUUUUCUUAAUAAUCCUGAAUGCUUUCAAAUUUAUAGAAGAGCCUACGGAUCGGAAAUGACUAAUCAAGCAUAUCAUCUCACUAAACAACUAGAUCUUGAUUCCACACUAAUCAAAUUUAUGCUCAUUAUAGUUGCAUUCUCUUCAAAUUCUUUUCUUGUGGAUAUAGACGAAAAUAUUCAUAAUGAUAGUCUUCUAUUGGGUACAUUUCGUUUAUUCGGAAGUCAAAAUGUUUAUGUGGAACUUCUAUGGAAAUAUAUGGAAUAUCGAUAUGGUUAUUCUGAAACAGUAAUUCGCUUUGCUGGACUUGUCAAGCAUGUACUCAGUAUGAUUAAACAUGCAGCAAAUAUUUAUAUAAGCAAUGAGAUUCAUCAUGAUUUCGUUGCUGAAGUCGUGGAAAAAACAAAUGAAACACUCAUUAAAAAUCAAAAUGAAUUGGUACCAUUAUGGGGAAAGCCAUUAUUAGCUAAUUAA